AUGCGCAGCUUCGAUACUCUCCUGUUCACUGCCCUCGCGGCCUCACCGGCCCUGGCUCGCCAGGUUCCCGCCAAUGUCCAGAGCUUGUACAACUCGAUCCGUGCUCAGGGCUCUUGCAAGAACAUUCUCAAGGGCGGCUUCUACAGCCAGGAGGGCGACUCCAAGAACUUCAGCUACUGUGGUGACCACUUGAACGACUACGGCAUCAUGUACCUCCAAGGCACCGACGGCAACCUGGUCAACAUGGAUAUCGACUGCGACGGUGCUCUUGGCACUGGCGACGGCAGCUGUGACAGCUCCCAGGAUACCCAGGGCGAGACCGCCUUCAAGGACACCAUCACCAGCUACAAGGUCGGUGUCAAGGAUCUCAACGCCUACAUCCACUCCUACGUGGUGCUGGGUAACGAGGGUAGCAAGUCUGGCUACGUGACCUUUGAGCCAGAGUCAGUCGGCGUUGACCCUCUGUCUCUCGUUGCCGUGGUUUGUGGCAACAAGAUGUUCUACGGUGUCUGGGGCGAUACCAACGGCGACGACGGCCCACCAUUGGUCGGUGAGGUCUCUGACGCUCUCGGCCGAGCCUGCUACGGCAGCGCCGUCAACGGCAACGCAGCCCACGAUGCCAACGACGUGCUGUACAUCGCCUUCACCGGCGCCAGUGCUGUUCCCGGCGCCAAGGGAGCCAAAUGGUCCGCUUCCUCCUUCACCGACUUCGAGGCUUCUCUCGGCGCCCUCGGCGACAGCCUCGUUGCCCGUAUCGGCAGCUCCGGCGGCUCUACUCCUCCUCCUGCGUCCUCCACCAAGCCCUCUGGCAGCCAGCCUACCUGCUCUUGGUCUGGCCACUGUGCUGGAGCCCAGUGCAGCAGCGACGAUGACUGCUCCGAUGACUUGGUCUGCAAGAGCGGCAAGUGUGCCACCGACAGCUAA